CCGACUAUAGGUGAUUGACUUAUCUUUUCAAUUUUCAUUAUUUAAUUUUAUCGACAUCGACAUAUUUUAGUUUUUAUCUCGGAGCAUUAAUAUACUAUCUAUAUUCACUGAGUACUUUUAGCAAAGAAUAUAUAACAGUACAAGUACUAUUAGUUAAACUUGAAAAAUGGAAACUAGGAAGAGAAGUUGGAGAGUAGAGUCUGUGGUAGAGUGCUCAUGUACUUGAUUUUCAAGUUACAACUUACAAGUAGAAAAGUAAACGCCGGUACUAGCCACUAGGUAGUAGCAAAAAAUAAAAAUAGUUUAUUUACAAUGGAAGAAGUUGAUUCUAUUAUAAUACAUUUUCUUCGGCUGUUAAAUGUCAAUAUUGACGAAAGCGCCAAAAAUUUAAGUGGAAUUCCUGUCGAAACUAUCAUAGAAGCCGCAGCACGAUGUAUUUGUGCUAUCAAACCAGGUUGGAAAGUACCUUCUACGCUUCCAUCAGGUAUUUCACAACGAAUUGGUGUUGCAACACAAAUUGCAGGAUUCUGCAAGGAUCUUGGAUAUGAAAAUGAUGUUGGCUAUCAAACUUUUUUAUAUUCUAAUGAAACUGAACUGAGAAGGCUAUUUAUGUAUCUGAUUGAAAAACUACCAAAUGAAGACAAUAAGGUACCUAAUAAAGUAUCUCCAAAUAAUAAAAAACAAAUGUUAAAACAACAGAUUAAUUUGAAAAUAGCUGAGGAAUUGAAUAAGAUUUGGAUACCACCUUGCUGCAAUAAAAGUUUAAAUAGAACACUUACAGAUAUGAUAUUUAAUCAUGUUGAGACUUCAAAAAUACAAUUUGAUUCUAAAGAUAUACAAGAAAAAUUACUGACAUACUGGCAACCAAAACUCAUAAGUGAUAAUGAAAAACCAAAUGUUAACAAUAUGAUAUUACCGAGUAAAAAUACUGCUGUUGACUCUGAAACUAGAUAUGAAAGUGAAAAAUCCUUGAGAGAGUUGAAAGAAACAUCAAUUAUAUUGAAACAGAAACUUGAUACACUUACUAGUGAACGAAAUGUAAUGGAAGUUGAGUGCUCUCAGGCCUUAAAGAAUGCUGACCGUAUUGUAUCAGACCUAAAAAAUAUACAGGACAUCAUGAGUAGCUUUGGGAUAGACAUUGAUUCACAAGAUGCAGUUGAUAACAAUUUACUGGAAAAUGUACAUAAAAACAUAAAGGAUCUCCAUUCUCAAAUUGAAGAAUUGACAUUUAUGAAUCUUGCAACUAAAUUGAACAUCGAGAAGAGCAAAAUAAGGAAAAGUCAAAAUGAGUCUGAAAGAAAUAAAUGCAAGAAAAAAUUAUUAACUUUAAAAGAGAGAGCUAAGGAAAUGCAAGAUGAAUGCGAAAAGAAAGAAAACAUAAGAAAUCAACUGAAACUAAAGUAUGAGAAACUUAAAGGUGGAAAUAAAAGACAUAUUUAUACGAAACGAAUAUUGGAAAUAAUUGGUAAUGUAGAGAAGCAGAAUAUUGAAAUAAAAAAGAUUUUAGAUGAUUCUAGACACCUUCAAAAAGAAAUUAAUAUGUUAGAAGGGCAGUUAGAAAGAUGUUUCUCACUCGCUGAUGAGACACUUUUUAAGGAUGCUAAAAAAGAUGACCAAGCUAAGAAGGCUUACAAAUUACUAGCUCUAUUACAUUCGGAGUGUAAUACAAUUGUAUCACUUGUAAAUGACAUGGGAACACUUGCCAGGGAUAUUGUUGAUUUGGAAGACAAUAUUAAAUCAGAAAAAUCUAAGAGAACUGAAGAUAUUUUACAAAAAAUACAAUCAGAUCUGGCAAACCUACAAACGGAGUCAAAAUAAAAUAUAUUUUGUAGAUAUUACUAAUAAAAAGUAUGUUUAGAUAAGAGAUGUUUCUUGGGGAGGUGGAAAAUACAUUUACGUAUUUAGACAGUGAAACAGGGCCUAUAUGUCAGGCUCGGGUGUGAUCAUGAACUCCAAUGAGUUAUUUUAUUAUUUAUAUUUUAUACUAUUAAUCAUUUACAGAAAGAAUCUUAAAUUAACAUAGUCUCACAAAACUGUUUGGACAGUUUGACUGCAGAAUCAAGUCUAAGUUAUAACACAAUGUCAGUUUAUUUAUUAAAUCAAAAUAAAUUAUAACUUCUUAUUUAAUAAAUUUUUUAUACACACAUCA